GAAAGGGCAGCCUGACUAGGACCCCCAGGGCUUAGGGCCCGGGGACCUUGGGCCAGAUGAGCCCAUGCCAAGACCCGCCUCUCACUCCCUAUUGUCCAAUGGCUGUGCCGGAAUUGGUGGGUGGAGGGGGGCGGGACCAGAUUGUUAGUAAACGCUGAGCCACGUGCGAGGGCCGAUUCGGGCGUGGCCUCGGCUGGCGCGUGCGCGUAGGUGCGCGGCGGGUAGGCGCGCGCGCGCGGCCGGGCGGAAGCGGAGGGGAGCGCCGCCGCGCGCGUGGUCAGCGGGUAUGGAGGUGGAGAAACCUGCGGACGCCGAGGUGGGCGCCGACACCGGAACAGAGUCCUGCCCUCGCAGUCCGGUCUGCAGCCUCCGGCACUUUGCUUGUGAACAGAAUCUGCUGUCCCGGCCGGAUGGAUCCGCGUCUUUCCUGCAAGGUGACACCUCUGUCCUGGCUGGGGUGUAUGGGCCCGCCGAGGUGAAAGUCAGCAAAGAAAUCUUCAACAAGGCCACGCUCGAAGUGAUCCUUAGGCCGAAGAUCGGGCUGCCUGGUGUGGCAGAGAAGAGCCGGGAACGACUCCUCAGGAAUACAUGCGAAGCAGUGGUCCUGGGGGCCCUGCACCCCCGAACCUCAGUCACCGUGGUGCUGCAGGUCGUGAGCGACGCUGGCUCUCUUUUGGCCUGUUGCCUGAACGCUGCCUGCAUGGCACUGGUAGAUGCGGGCGUGCCCAUGCGAGCACUCUUCUGCGGGAUCAGCUGUGCCCUGGACCCUGAUGGCAAUCUCGUGCUGGAUCCCACAGCCAAGCAGGAAAAGGAGGCCCGGGCCAUCCUGACCUUUGCUCUGGACAGCGUGGAGCAGAAGCUGCUCAUGUCCAGCACCAAGGGACUCUAUUCUGAUGCUGAGCUCCAGCAGUGCCUGGCUGCUGCCCAGGCCGCCUCGCAGCAUGUCUUCCGCUUCUACCGGGAAUCACUGCAGAGGCGCCACUCCAAGAGCUGAGGCACGCCGGGGGCGGGGUGCGCCGCCCGUCGCCACGCCCACCGCGGGGCGCCACGCCCACCGCCUGCAGCUGCUACCACCCAGCACCCGUCUUGUCACUGUCUGCUGUCUUGUCUCUGUCUAGCCUACUUGGCUUCGGUCCUGUAGCCUCAGGGGCUCCUGUUCCAGGCUGGGGAGGGGUCCCAGGAACGUUUCUAGGACUGGACACCCCCUUCUUUCCCCCACCAGGACACCAUUAAAAAGAGCCCGUCUGUGUUGA